AUGUACGCAAUUAAAAGAGUUGAAAUAAAAAACUUUACUGAAGAAUAUAUUGAAGAAAUUUUUAAAGAAGUUACGAAAUUAAGAGAACUUAACUCAAAAUAUGUGGUUCAGUAUUAUAAUUCAUGGUUGCAACGUAAACAUCUCUACAUUCAGAUGGAAUUUUGUUCACAUGAUUUAGGAAAAAUUCUGGAAAUUAAAAUAAAUGUAUUUUCAAGAGAAUUAGGAGAAGCCAUGGAUUGUGUCGAGUAUUUCAUUUCGUGUGAAAUAUUGCGACAAAUCUUAGAAAGUGUUCAGUAUUUGCAUGAAUUGAAUCCACAGAUCAUUCACAGAGACCUCAAACCAGAAAACAUAUUAAUUUCCCAAAAUGUAAGGAACGGUAGAUUUGUUAAAUUAUGCGACUUUGGUUUGGCUGUAGAACACAGAACGGCCUCUCAAAGUCUCUCUAAAAACAAGGGAACUCCUAAAUACAUGGCACCAGAAUUAGGUCAAUCAAGGAGUUAUUGCGAUGGAAUUAUUCGAUAUAAUAUUAGAUUAUCGACAAUCGGUUCGGGAGGGUUUGGAACCAUAUAUGCCGUCAAACAAGUCGAGUUAAAAAUAAGGAAUUUAGGAAAAGUGCGUUCAGAAUAUGUGGUCCCGUAUUACAACUCAUGGCCCGAAAGCAAACACCUCUACAUUCAGAUGGAGUAUUGUUCACAAAAUUUAAGGAAUAUUAUUGAAGUGAAACCACAAGUAUUCGGUAGACAAUCAGGAGAAGCAAUGAAUUGUUUCGAAUCAUUCACAGACCUUAAACCAGAUAAUAUAUUGAUUGCUGAAAAUGUGAGGAACGGAAGAUUUAUUAAGUUAUGUGAUUUUGGUUUGGCUACAGUUCACGAGGAUGACAUCUAUGAUUUGACUCCUGAUAAACACACAACAGGUGUGGGCACUGUAAAAUACCUGGCUCCCGAAAUUUCUAAUGGAAUGAAAUAUGGCCAUAAAUCAGACAUUUAUAGUUUGGCAUUAAUUGGCUCUGAGAUAUUUGAUUUUAACCUCUUUUAUUAUGACUCUGAUAAUGUUGAAAGCAUUUAUUCCGGGAAUGAAAUCCUAAAUGGAAAAAUUUUAUUCACAAUGAUAUCGACUCCCCAAUGGAACAAAAGGCCGGAAUGCAGUGAAGUAUUGUCCGAAUAUAACGAGUGGUCUAUUGAUAGGAAUAUUAUCGCAAAUGAUGGCCAAUUUGAAACCACAUUAAGAGGACUACAAUUACAUAAUAAAUUUUUCUAUGAA